AUGCCUGUUAUCUUCGGAUGUAAGCACUAUCAGGUCAACUACACCGUAUACCACUACGUGCGAGGCACUCAGUCUUGGAAGGCCAAGAAGUGUGAUUGUAUACGAAAGGUAGUCAGCACGACGUACGUGCCCGUGAAGCCUUCGUGCAGCAAGAGAAGCAAGAUAAAGGUCAUCCUCGAAAGUAACGAUGUAUUUCCUGGUGACUUUCAAGAGUAUUGUCGCAUCGAUGCUUACCUUUAG